UUUUUUUUUAAUUCGUUAGUCUCCAAGAAGCCAAUCAAUCAUGUUCAAGAAGAAGGACCCAGAGAGAGUGAGGCUGGUGUCGGGCUUGGCCAGCGCGUACACCGCGGUGGCGAGUUCGCCCAACCAGACGGCGUUGCAGGUAGAAGCCACCGGCGCCAUCAAGCAUUGCCAUGACAACAGCCACGCGCGGGAGGAUCGCGAGCGGGAGAAGAAAGUGGCCAAGAGGAGGUUGUAUGUGGUCUCCGUCAUCUGCCUGGUGUUCAUGAUCGGUGAAAUCCUUGGUGGGUAUUUAGCAGGCAGUCUUGCGGUGAUGACGGACGCUGCCCACCUGCUUGCAGACUUCAUCAGCUUCCUCAUCAGCCUGUUAUCCCUCUGGCUCUCCUCCCGACCUGCCACUCACAAGCUCAGCUACGGAUGGCAUCGUGCAGAGAUUCUGGGUUCUCUGCUGUCGGUCUUCACCAUCUGGCUGGUAACCGGAGUGUUGGUUUACCUGGCUGUGGAGCGCCUCAUCAAUAAUAACUACACCAUCGAGGGCACUAUCAUGCUCAUUACCUCCGGUUGUGCUUUGUUGGCUAAUAUUGUCAUGGCCCUCAUCCUUCACCAGUCCGGCCACGGCCACAGGGGGAGGGCUCAGCAGCACAACGCCAGCGUGCGAGCGGCCUUCGUCCACGUGUUGGGAGAUCUUCUCCAGAGCGUCAGCGUGUUCCUCAGCGCCAUCAUCAUCUUCUUCAAGCCAGAAUAUAAGAUGGCGGACCCCAUCUGCACCUUCCUGUUCUCCAUAUUCGUCUUGUGCACCACCAUCACCAUCUUGAGGGAUAUUCUUGUUGUCCUGAUGAAUGGCACUCCUGCGGGGAUCAAGUACAGUGAGGUGCGCGAUGGUCUUCUCGCCGUGAAGGGUGUGAAGGCAGUGCACAACCUUCACAUCUGGGCCCUCACCAUGAACCAGACUGUACUGAGUGCACACGUAGCCAUUGACGAGACGGUGGACGCUCAGACUGUCCUCAGAGAAAUGACACAGGCUUGUGUCUCCUCCUUCAACUUCCACUCUGUUACGAUUCAAAUGGAGAGGCAGGCCGACCUGAAGCCUGGGUGUACCCUGUGUGAGGACCCCAAGAUGUAGGGACGU